AUGCCCGGGGAGAUAAUACAACCGAUGAUGAAGUCCAAGGGCCGACAUUUGACGUUGAAACCGAUUAUCAUCGCGGAAAGCGAAGCUCAAAGUGAAAGAGAAUGCUACACCUCAGUAUUUGAAGUCUCGUCCAGUGCCUUAUGCACUCAGGGAGAAAGAAGAAUGGAUGAGCUGAAGCGCCUGGUGAAUGAAGGGCUGUUAAAAAAGGUUGAAAGUUCGGAUUGGGCCACACCUAUUGUUUCCGUUCUUAAACCAGAUGGAACACAAGUGGUCCUGGAUGAGAAGUCCCAGCCCUAUGUUACCAUCAAUACCCACUUAGGUUUAUAUCGGUACACUAGACUACCAUUUGGAGUGGCAGCUGCGCCUGCAAUAUUCCAGCAGAUCAUUGACAAAAUGUUAGAUGGCCUGACUCAAACUGGUGGAAUAUUGGAUGAUUUAAUCGUCACUGGUCAAAGUGAUGAGCAGCAUAUCAAGAACUUGCAUCAUACUCUCAAGAAAUUUGAAGAAUGUGGAGCAAAGUUCAAAGUUUCUAAGUGUGCUAUUAUGCAACCUAAACUGGAAUAUUUUGCUUUCGUAUUAGACCGUGAAGGUAUACAUCUUUCCCAAGCCGAGGUUCAAGCAGUUCGUUAA